GUGUUUUAGUUUUAGGAGGAGACUCUUCAACCAAGAAUCGGAGAGAGAAUCUCAUGGUGGAAAUAUUUUAAUUAAUAAAAAGAAAUAGUUUUAAUGGGAAUUUGAGGAGAGGGAAACAUGCCCAAUUUCAUCCCAACAGUUGUGUUCUUUGUUCCUCCAAGUAUUGGCACCAGAUCCUAAAGAAAUUUGCACAAGCAUCAAUUUUCGGACAAUAUCCAAAAAUCUCGGUUUUUUUUUAACACAAAAAAGAUCGACACUCCUCAACUGAAUCGAAAUCCCAAGUCACCGUGAAUUGGGUGCUAUGGGAAAGACUACUUCUCAAGAUCACUCUGCUUCAUCCGACUCUGCGCACGAUGAAAGCUACGGGAAGCAUGGGCAAGAUAUGAAGGCUGCUUUGUUUCUGUGCAAUCCCGAGCUAUCAAUCAAUGCGUCACAAGCUGAAAUAAACCAACCAAUUGUGCAGUUCCCGUAUGCGUACGCCGACCCCUACUACAGCGGACUUUUUACUGCCUAUGGUCCUCAUAAUAUGAUUCAGCCACAGGUGAUGGCUGCUGCCGCUGGGCGGGUCCCGCUACCUGGGGAUAUUCCCGAGGACGGUCCGAUAUAUGUCAAUGCAAAACAGUAUCAUGGAAUACUUAGGAGGAGGCAAACGCGCGCUAAGAUGGAGGCUCAGAAUAAACUCGUCAAAAAUCGUAAACCCUACUUGCACGAGUCUCGACAUCAGCACGCACUGAACCGAGUGAGAGGCACCGGUGGGCGCUUUCUCAGCUCGAAGAAAUCUCAGCCGUCCGAUUCCCUCCCACCAACUGGCUCUCAGAUCAACGGCGGCCAAGAUGAUCAGUUUCGUUUCAAUUACGGUUGAGGCCGAAAAGUACGAUGACCCCUCCACCUCGUCCGAAGGCGGCGCAACAACUAGGGUUUCAGUUUCAACCGCCGAGGCUAACAUGCACCAGCGAAUCCCGUCGUCCCACAUGGCGGGUCCCGUGCAAAGCAAUGGCGGCUUUGUGUACAGCGGGAACCGCCACUAUGCUUCCAUUGUCCGGUGAGAGUUGGAAAAUACAUGGGCUGACUCACCGGUCGGGCAAUUCAUCCUUGGCUUUGUUUAGUACUACUACAGUUGUUUCUUUUCUGGGGUUUUCUGCUGGCUAUCGAAACUUUCUGCGGAAAAAAGUGCUUAUUUUGUUGUAAAGAUUGUCUGUUUUAAUUAGAUGAAUCCUAGGUUAACUGUUUAACGGUCUUAUUUGGUAAGAUAACUUUUCUUUUUCUAGGUUGAAAUUUGGGAUUUUUUAUAUGCUUUUGUUUUCUGGUAAUGGUUUAUUAUGGAUAUGUUUAGUUUACUGGU